AUGUUCAAGAAAGAUAUUAAAAAGAUAUUAAUUGCCAAUCGAGGUGAAAUCGCAUGUAGAAUUAUAAAAACAUGUAAAAAUUUAGGUAUAUUAACAGUAGCCGUUUAUUCUGAUAUAGAUCAAAAUGCUUUAUUUGUAAGUUUAGCAGAUGAAGCAGUUCAUAUUGGAUCAUCACUUGCAAGUGAAUCUUAUUUAAAUAUUGAAGAAAUAAUUAAAGCUGCUUAUCGAUAUGGAUUCUUAUCAGAAAAUCCACAGUUUCAUCAAAGGAUAUCUGAAUCUAGUCAAAAUUAUUCUUCAUAUGAUCUAAUUUUUAUUGGUCCUUCUCCGGAGUCCAUGUUAGCAAUCGGUGAUAAGAUUAAAGCAAAAAAUUUAUUAUCAAAACAUUUGCCAUCGGUUCCACUUAUACCUGGAUAUAAUGGUGAUGAUCAAAGUUUAAAGAUAUUGACUGAGGAAGCCAAGAGAAUUGGAUUUCCAAUUUUAUUAAAAGCUUCGGCAGGGGGAGGUGGUAAAGGUAUGCGCAUUGUUCACGAAGAAUCAAAAUUAUCGGAAGAAAUAGAACUUGCCAAAUCUGAAUCACUUCGAUCUUUUGGUUCUGAUCAACUUUUAAUUGAAAAGUAUUUUGAUUCAAUUCGUCAUAUUGAGAUUCAAAUCAUAGGUGAUCAAUAUGGAAAUGUUUAUCAUUGUUUUGAGCGAGAAUGUUCCAUACAACGUCGACAUCAAAAAGUCAUCGAGGAAACUCCUUCGCCAUAUUUAGAUCAAGCAUUGAGGGAACAAAUGAUUGAGACUGCAAUUCAAAUUAGUAAAUUUCUUAAUUAUAUUGGAGAUGAAAAAGAAAAAAGAUUUUAUUUCCUUGAGAUGAAUACUCGUUUACAAGUUGAACAUCCAAUCACAGAAUUAGUAACAGGAUUGGAUUUAGGUCAUUCUAUUGAAUGUCGUCUUUAUUCAGAAGAUCCUGGAAAUAAUUUCCUUCCAAGUACAGGAAAAAUACGUUAUUGGAAACAAUGCACAACACCUUUUAUUCGAUAUGAUACAGGAAUAGAGACAGUAUGGGCUCCAACGAGGCAACAAGCAUUACAAAAGAUGUCAUAUGCACUUUGCAAUACUGUUUGUUUGGGUUUAAUUACCAAUCAAUCAUUUUUAUCAAAAAUUUUUUGUCAUCAAAAUUUUUUAUCAGGAAAUUAUAAUACUCACUUUAUUGAAAAUCAUUAUCCUCCAAAUUAUUUAAAAUCUUUUAAAGAAGAAAAUGAUUUAUCAAAGAAUUUGAUAAUCAUUCCAUUUUUAUGGUUUUGGUAUUUAAGAGAGAAAAGUAGAUCCACGUUAAAACACAUUCCUUCAUCUUGGAGAUAUAUCAAAUGGAAAAAUCCGAGAGAUAUUUAUUUAUUGGAAAAUGGAAAUGUUGAAGAAUUAACAUAUGAAUAUCAAAGUAAUAUUGAUGGUGGAAAAAUAAGAAAAAUAGGGAAUAAUCAUCAAGAAUAUUAUUUUAAAGUUCAAAAUCAUGAUGUUAUAUUGAAUUAUAUUAAACUUCAUAAUGAUAAUAAUAAUAAUCACAAUGGAAAUGAAAUUUAUGGAAAUUUGAGAUGUACAAUAGAUAAAGAACAAAGAAGUUUUGAAGUUGCAAAUGGGAAUAAAGAUCAUUUGCAGCAACAAGAAGUAUAUGUUCAUGAUUAUCAAAACAGUAUUCAAUAUAAAUUUAUUAGAAAGAAUAAAUUAAUCACAUCUGUGGAAAAUGUUGAUGAUGAUAUAUCACCCUAUUUAGCACCAAUGCCAUGCAAAAUUCUAAAAGUAUUAAUUCCAUCAGGUACGAAUGUAAUAAAAAAACAACCAAUCUUAACAAUGGAAUCAAUGAAGACUGAAGUUAAAUUAUAUAGUAAUCAUGAUGGUAUAAUUAAAAUCUUAGUAAAAGAAGGUAACAUUGUAAGUGCUGGAACUUUAUUAGUUAAAAUAGAAUAA